AUGUCGGAUCGUGAAAUCAGCCGCGAUUCCACAGACGACGAAAUAGACAAGCUAGAACAGGAGGUCAAACGAAGGCUCAACGUGGUCGGCGGACUGCUCAAGCUACGCAACGCAGUUUCAAAGGAGGCAUACAAAGGGCACUUCGAGCAAGCCAAGGAGGCUUUUGACCAAAUUUCGCAGCACGUCGCACGCGUACAGGAGAAGAUUGAUCGGGAACUGGCGCUUCUCCACCAGGCCAAGGGGGUGGUGGAGGCAAACAGAGUUCAGAAGCUGGUUGUUGAUGAAGUGCUACGACAGCUGCAAACCUCGGAUACUCUGAGGGCGAUAAGUGAGUUGAGACGGUCGGUGGAAGACUCGAGAACCAGAAGUUUGUCAAGGCAGGAAGAUGCAGCAGACCACGCGCCGACCAAGAACGAAAACAAGGAAGGCGAAGGCAGGAGCACCUCCCUAAGGCAGACAACGGAACGCCCUGAGCGUCCCACGAAUAACUCAAAACAGGGCGGUGGCAGCAGGAGCUACUCCAAAAACCGCGACACAUUCAACCGCUACAUCCUGUAG